GAAAGGUUGAGUGAGUGGCAGAAUGAAAAUGGAGGGGAGAGGGAGAGAGAGAGAGAGAGAGAGAGAGAGAGAGAGAGAGAGAGAGAGAGAGAGAGAGAGAGAGAGAGAGAGAGAGAGAGAGAGAGAGAAGACUGGUGAGCGAGCAAAUCAAUAAAUGUUUCCAUAAAUUCCACACGCUUUCUCCUCAACUUUCUACAAUUUCGGCUUUCUUCUUCAUCCUCCUGCCUUCUGCUUCACCAUGUGCCCUUCUCUCUCUACUCUCUCCUUCUCUCUCCUCUCCAAUUUCUUUUUCCUUUUUCUCUGCAAUUUUUUGAGCCUCUCUUUUUCUGGUGCUUUUACGACACCCUCCUCGUGAUUUGAAUAAGCCCCUAGGAGGUACGGCAGCGCUCCUCUCUGCUUUCCUUCUCCAACAACAAAGAAAUCGGCAUUAAGCCUUUGAUUUGGACAUUGUUUGAAGAUAUCAUAAGAUCUAAACAUGGUAGCUCAAUCAUGGUUCCGGAACUUGUGGACUACGACAUCAAAAAAGCAUGAGAUUCACAGCCACAAGGAGAAUAUAGCAGUGCUGGCUUUCGAGGCCGCAAGCUUGAUGACGAAACUGCUUCACUUAUGGCAAGCAUUGUCCGAUAAGCAAGUUGCGAAGCUAAGGGACGAGUUGUCGAAUUCUGUGGGCGUAAAAAAGCUCGUUUCGGAGAAUGACGAAGAAAUUGUUAGGUUGAUAUGCGCGGAGAUGACGGAAAACUUACUGCACGUGGCGAAAGCAGUGAGCCGGCUUUCUAAGAAAUGCGAAGAUCCGUUAUUAAAGACGUUCGAACGAGCGUUCAGCGAUUUGAUCAAGAUUGGCGCCGAUGUGUACGGCUGGCAAUACUCGUGGAAGAAGAUGGACGGGAAAGUUAAGAAAAUGGAACGGUUCGUCGUCGCAAACACAAAUUUGUAUCAAGAAAUGGAAAUGCUCGCGGAUUUGGAGCAGACGGUGAAAAGAAUGAAGGGUAGUGAUCACCCCGACACCAUUGCAAUGGUCGAAUAUGAAAAGAAAGUUGCCCGAAAACGUCAACAAGUGAAGCAUCUAAAGGAAAAUUCUCUCUGGAGUCGAACUUACGAUUACACGAUCCUUCUCUUGGCGAGAUCCGUAUUUACGGUGUUUGCGAGGAUUGGACAUGUGUUUGGUACUAAUAACGUCGCUUGUGCCGGAGCUAAAGAAUCGCGGAUCUUGGACAGUCAUUGUAACCGGAAUAGUCACUCGAGCGUCUUCUUACAGUCGUCAGUCUAUCCGUCCGAUAAUUACGGCAACGGAUUCUCGGGUGCUUUGAGGAGUUCUAUCUCGUCGUCAGGUCCGCUAUCGAGAGCGAAGAAUAUGGCGGCGAAUUUCCACUCGGGUCCUAUUGGGAACUCAACGAUCACAUCAAGUCCGAUCGGUGGAGAACAUAACGGCGGUGGAUUUUACUCGGGUCCUUUAGGAAGAUCGUCGACGAAAUCGAGACCUAUUUCAAAAGUGAUCAAAAGCCCUUUCAAUUUUUGGCGGGAUAAAUCCGAGGAUGCAAAAGAGAAGACGUCGCAAAGGAAACGACAAGGAAUUACUGUCUCGAGACCACUUAUUGGAUCUUGUUCCGUAGUUUCGGACGGAGUGUGUACUUUUAAUCGACAAAUGGAUUCGGGUAUCGAUUUUAAGAAGAAGGUGUUGAAUCCGCCGCCGGAGACGUUGGGUGCGGCGGCGUUGGCGCUUCACUAUGCAAACGUUAUAAUUUUGAUCGAGAAGCUCGCGGCGUCGCCGCAUUUGAUCGGAAAUGAUGCGCGGAACGAUCUCUACAACAUGUUGCCGGCGAGCAUCCGAGCAGACCUGAGAGCGAAACUGAAACCCGUCGCCAAGAGCCUGACGUCGUCGGUUUACGACACGGUUCUCGCAACCGAAUGGAACGACGCAAUUUCCGGGACGCUUAAAUGGUUAGCUCCUCUCGCACAUAACACGGUGAGAUGGCAGUCGGAAAGAAGCUUCGAACACCAAAGUCUUGUUUCCCGAAUGAAUGUGCUUCUCGUACAGACGCUUUACUUUGCGAAUCAGGAAAAGACCGAGCGAACGAUUACCGAGCUGCUUAUCGGUUUGAACUACAUUUGGAGGCUCGGCAGGGAAAUCAACGCGAAAUCGCUCGUCGAAUGCGCCGGAGGUCGAGCGUUUGAGGAAUACUUAGAGUGAUUUAAACGGGCUCGUUUUCGAUUCUUGAUCGAUGGAAAAUGGGCAAUACGGGUGAUUGUUUAUCGAGGCUUUCGAAAAACAUGUUUUUAGAAUUUCGCGAAAAAAAUUCGAAUGCGUGGAGUUUUAAGGAUACAUACGACCCGGUGCGACUCUUUUCCCUCUACACGGUACGCGCUUAUAUCUUUUAUAUUUUUGUGGGCUAUCGUAUAAAUAUUUUGAGCGCGUAAGCGUAGUGUGUGGUCGACGUGAUGAGUAGCCUCGUCGACAUUAGUUAGUUUGAAACGAUAUGUGUUGUUUGUGUAUGUGCGAUUCGAUUAUGUUAAAUAUGGUGUGGCGGGUGAUAAAAAAUGUCAGAUUGUUGUUUGGGUUUUGGUUCCAUAGUUUGCGAGAGGAGACGAGAGGCUUCGAUGCUUUCGAGUGUUGUUUCUUUGCUUGUUUGUUCUUAACAUGUAAGAAUUGGAUAAGGGUGCUUCUGUAGCUGCUUUCACUAGUUGAUUCAAUUAGCGGUGUGUUUUGUGAAACAGUCAAACACUGUUUAUACAUAAAAUGACUAUUAAGAAAUUGAUAUGUUAUUUUUUUAAA